GACAUCAAUGAAGGCGACGGGCGAGGCGUGAAACGUUGAGAAGCCCUCUGCAGGAGCUAAGGUAAGUCUUCCGCAGGCUGGCGAAGUUCCAGUAAAUAAACAUGUUUACUUCCGUGAGCCUGGAUUUCCCACUGAUGUAUGGUUUACGUACAACUCACACGCAUCAUGAAUCAUCCAUUCAACACGUGCAUCGUGCUCGCGCGCCGCGAUUCCCGUUGAUGAAUCGGUGAAUUGUUGCGGGUCGCGCCAAUGCCAUCGCCGCUUCGUGAGUCCUGUUAUUUUGACCACUUUUCUCUGUGACCCCUCCCCCGCCCCGCCACAGAUUCUCACCCGGCCAUGGCCACAAACGCCUCCUCAGACCUCUCCUUGUUCACGCCCGACCUCAUCCUCAUGGUGACCCCAUUCCGAGAGCCACCCAGCGUGAAGUUUGCGGUGUUCUUCUUCACCCUGGCCAUGUUCACCGCGGCCAUCGUGGGCAACUGCCUCCUGAGCCUCGUCAUCCUUCGAGAUCAUCAGCUGCACAAGGCAAUGUACGUGCUCAUGGCCGCGCUGUCGCUCACCGACAUCAUCUCGGCGCUCAGCAUCCUGCCCCGGUUCAUGCAGAACGUCGCGUCCUUCAACUACAUCAGCCUGCGCGAGUGCAUGGCACAGAUGUUCUUCCUGCACCUGGCCAUCAGAAUGCAGAGCUUCACCCUCACCAUCAUGUCCUUCGACCGCUACCUGGCCAUUGGCUACCCACUCAGUUACCACUCGCUCAUGUCCAGCCGCAAGGCCGUUGGGACCUUCGUCGUUGCAACAGCCGCGGCGGUCGCCACGUGCCUGGGCAACGUCGGCUUCGUGAUCCCCCUGAACUUGUGCAAGCCGCCGGUGAUCGUCGCUCCGUACUGCGACUACCUCGUGGUGCUCUUCCUGUCUUGCGGGGAUUUAAGCGGUCCCAGGGCCUAUAUUCAAGCAGCGCUGGCCAUCACCAUGGUGCUUCCCGCGUGCGCGAUAGUCCUCACGUACGCCCUCAUCCUCUACGAGUGCCGCAAGCCAGGCCUCCGCAGCGGCCAGAGGAAAGCGCUCAAGACUUGCGGCACCCACUUCUUGGUGGUCUCCGUCUUCUUCGCCGCCAUCUUCUUCUCGUUCGCCAGCGGAUUCUCGUUCCUGGAGUCCCUCCCCAGGCCGCUGCGCUACGCACUCCAGACGGCGCAGUACGUGUUCCCGCCCGCGCUGAACCCGGUCAUCUACGGCCUCCGGACGGCGGAAAUCCGGCGCAGUUUCUCCAGGCGGUUCCGUGGGAAGGUGGUGGAUGGAAAGGCGGAGAGAUUGGGAGGCGUGGUGCACUGAGCAAUUUAGAAACAUUGGCUAUCCAUUAUUUCAACAGCAGCAAAUGGUUCAGCACAAGAAUAAAACUGUGUACUGGUUAAAAAAUAAAGUGUCUCAUCAGCCGCUUCAUGCUCACUUGAGCCAAUGCAAAACCCAGAUGGCUCUCGUAGGGAUACUAGGGUUGUCAAUUCUUAGAUAUGAAAACUGGGAUUUAUAAUGAAGAGCAGAACAUCCAACAUUACCACAAGAGUAAAAUUUCACGAAAAAUAUUUAGAUAAAUACGUUGUUCUGAGUGGCUUAUUAUCAUUUAACUUUUUCCGGAAAAGUAAAACUUUUACGGGAAAAGUAAAAUGCCCAUAAAAGCAGCAACUAUCCGUGCCUUCAUCAGAACUUGCAUUGCCUGCCCCUAGUAUCUCAUCCACCAGAGCUGGCCAGACCUGCAAAACCGAGUGUCUCUACCACUGGAGCAAGCCAGGCCUGCCUCUAGCAUCUCUACCACUAGAGCCUGCCAGACCUGCCUCUAGCAUCUACCAAUGGAAGCCUGCCAGGCCUGGCCUCUAGCAGGGGCCUUUGAAGUGCUCACAUACCGUCCUUCUCUGUCAGCCACGCUAACGGCAAAAAAUACUUUUGGAGCUCAGGCUCUUUCGGUCCUUGGCCUUCAGUUUGGGAAGAUUCUGCCUGGAGAACUGUGCCUCACCGCUGAGGUUUCUUGAUAAAGAAACUAUAUACCUACAUAUUUCCUACAAUAUAUUAACUAGAGAUGUAUUUUUUCUUUCGUUUCUUCAUUCUGUACAGCGCUCUCAAGCCCUUUGUUAUUCUGCGCCUUAAAAAAAGUUAAAAUAACAAAUAAUAAUCGAUGUGGGUGUGAAUCCAGGCAGCCGCCUUUGAUUAAGCCAGGUUCUUAAAAUGCAGUGAUGCGAUGGUUUUCUUGUAAAUCCUGCAUAUGCUGUUGGUGUAUUGCGGUGGUAUGAAGUGUCCGUGCGAAUCUCCGUAGGGCAGCGCCAACUUUUCUUGGAGUACAAAACGGACCACGUGGGCAAUUGUCAUGGACCCACCCCUGAGAUCUCUUCUAAUGUCGUCCGCUAAAAACGUGGAGCCGGAGGCGAUGUGAACGACGUGCAGAGCCACUGGCGACCGACAGGGGCUGAGACCGGCAGAAUUUACUACACUUGAGAACCCGCUUUGACCACGUGCUUGUUGGAUACCGCAUCUGUGCUGUGCUUGUUUGCGGUGGAUGUAACGUUUUAGUCGUAUAUCGCAUGGUGAAUGCUCUCUUUGCUUGGUCGCUGUUUUAUUUUAUUGGUUUUACCUUUGCCGGUUCGGUGAUGCAUGUCACUUUUGCAAAUGAGACUCCUAUACCCUGUCGUUUCUUCUCACCAUUGACCCAUUCACCCAUCAACUCACCUACUCAUUCACUCGCUCAUUCACUCACUUUUCUGAAUGAGACCGCACUGUCCUGGUCUCUUGAAUUCCCAACCUGGUUACACAGAAUCACAUUGAACUUGCUCACUCACUCAUCAUCUCACCCUCACCAUUUACCCACUCACCCACCAACUCCCCUACUCGUUCAUUAACUCGUUUGCUCAUUCACUCGCUCAUUCAUUCACUCUUCCGAAUGUGACUCCAUUGUCCUGGUCGCUUGAAUUCCCAGCUGGUUAACCAGAAUCACAUUGAACUUGCCCACUCUAUCAUCUCACCAUCACCAUUUACCCACUCACCCACCAACUCCCCUACUCGUUCAUUAACUCGCUCGCUCAUUCACUCGUCCACUCACUCGUUUCACCCUCUCUCCCGAAUGAGACUCAACUGUCUUGGUCUGUAGAGUUCUCACCCUAGUCAUACAGAAUCACAUUGAACUUGCCCACUAUCAUUAUCUCACCCUCACUAUUUACCCACUCACCCACCAACUCCCCUACUCGUUCAUUAACUCGCUCGCUCAUUCACUUAUCACCCUAGUCAUACAGCCAUCGCCCCCUGCUACUGGCAGUCUGAUGCCCCUCCAGGUCCCGAUUGUGAAAGGGACUCAAACUUAUCCAAGCAAGUACACUGACAACCUCGUUCCUUUUGCAUUUGAAUUAUUGUCAAAUCGAAUCAAUGCUACAUGUCGCUGUUGAUGUAUUGCAUUAUUGUCCUAUUGCAUCUGUGUUAUCUUAAAUCAUUGUUACAUUUUGUAAGGGGCUCAAAGAUAGGCGCACACAACUUCUUGGGAGGCAACACUAUUUAUUAACUCAACGUACACUUAGCAUAGGUUGGUGACCACCGACAUAUUCUAACUAACACACACCAUCUCUCACUAACACGGACUCUCGGAUACCACUGGCGUGACCCAGCCAGGGGGGCUAUUGGCUGGGUCACGCUGACUGGAGGCUUGACUCUUCACGAGGCGUCUUCACGAUGCAUCUUCAUUCUUGACACGGACAGCCUCGAGCCCGACGAGGAUGCUGCUUAUAUGGGCCUCGGCGUGUCCGGGCCCCACCCCGGCCGCUCCUUCCUUCGAGAACCCUCUCGAAGCUGCUCGGCUGUCCGCGUGGCCCCCCAAGGUGCCCCCCGGGCCCCCGGCCCCCACUUUGAUCCGGUCACGUGUCCAGCCGGGUUCACGGCCUCACGCAGCCCCCGUGGCCCUCACCCACGGCCUCCAGAUCCCCUGAACCGGCCCUGACGUCAUCCCCGCCUUCAGACGACAUGACGUCAUGUGCGUUUGUGUAGACCCGCGUGGUAGUGAUGCUCCCUCGCAUAGUGACGUCACACGUGUGCGCGUGUGUGUGUGUACACGAUUGUGACGUUACAAGUCACUACACAUUGAAUCGUUGGCAAAUGUUCAUAUUGUUAUUGGUAUUGUGUUUAGCGCACUGCACUCUGAAUAUGGCGAUCUGAGUUCGAUAUCCAGCCGUGGCUUACAUCAGUGGCUGCUGAUAUUAGGUUCAGCAGCGCCGCCAGUCGAUUGGGUACGGUAUGACACGUGGCGUGUCCCGAAAAAGAAAAAAAAACACGCAUUGUGACGUCAUUCAUUUGAAAGAAACGAUUCCACGUUUUCAACACGCGAUCGCUUACGCAGCUUGACUGUAUAUUUAACGAAAGAGCUGUCCAAUGUGUCCACUGGCAGUGGUGGGCACAAGUUGGCAGCGAAUCGCGCUGUGAGCCUGGCCACGUGGGUUCGAGUCUCGGCGCAACUGAGCUGAGGCAGCACGGAGCCCUCGCGGUUACGGGUGGUUUUCCACUGGCCCAUGGUCGAACCGAGCCGGAACCAAACCGUGCUGCACGGUGAAGACACAGUGUCACACCCCAGGUCAUCUGCAUACGUCUCGUUGCGCGUGUGUGUGUGUGUGCACUGCGUAAAACGACUUUAAUCACAGUCGGGUAUGCAACAAUAUACGUUCCUGUAAUGUCGGUGGGAGUUUCAGUAAAACAAAAACAAACAUUCAAAGUGGCUUUACU